AUGCAGCAAGAAAAGGACACAGCUUUGGCCAAAGUUCUUGAUAUUCUUGGAUUGACUGAAGUUCAUUCAGCGGCAGGAAGCAAACAAACUAACAGCAAACCCUCCAAUUCCAAUUCCCCAUCUACAGUCGAUGAUCCUCUUUCUGAUAUCCCAAGUUCUCUGCCAUUCUCCGCUCCUGGUAUAAGAAAUGAUUCCAACAGCACCUGGCCUCAGGCAUCUCCGGACAACACAUCGCAAAAUUCCCAGUCCGGUCUCACAACGCUUUCCGGCCCUCAUCCCGUAUCAACGCUACCCAUAAUCGAUACUGAAAAUCCGGAUAUCCCAAUUACAGAGCAGUAUCCACAGAUGGAUGAGCACUCGGAUACUUCAUUAGCCAAUUGGGACUGGACCUUGGAUUUUGGAACAUACAUUACGCCAUCAUCCCCAGACAUUCAAGAUCAAAGUAUAGAACCACUACAGCCGCCAGCAGAGCAAUUGGAGAAGCUACCCGAGCCACUUGAACCUGCCGUCGUUCAAACCCCACCAAGCCUCAACAGUGAUACCAGGAGCACAGAAGAAAUCGAAGAUCUUAUCGACGAGCUUUCCGAUCGGAUGGGCACAUUGCGCUUCGGUCCUGGAGGAAAAGCUCGCUUCUAUGGCCCAACAUCGACCUUCAACCUUGCCGAUGCUCCAGUAUCUGGGAACACACAGACAAAUCGUACGGUCAAUUAUCUCGACGACACAGACUGGGACAGCCAAGUCCCAUUAUCUCUCGAGGAGCAUCUUCUUAAUCUCUAUUUUACCUGGCAAGAUCCAUCAUUUCACGUCGUUGACCGAGAAAUGUUCGAGAAGGGAAAGACAGCCCGGUAUGGGAAAGAAGAGACCCCGUUUUAUUCCGAGGCACUCUGCUCUGCAAUGUGUUCUCUUGGCGCCGCUUUUGAAACCCGUUAUCACCCAUCAUUUGUGACCUUCCCGAAAUCUCUGGGUGAAUUCUUCGGCGACCGUGCAAAAGAACUUCUUGAGGCUGAACUCGACUCUCCAUGUGUGGCAACAGUCCAGGCACUAGUUAUCUUAAGCAGCCAUGAAAUUGGUGUAGGGUCGGAUACACGUGGAUGGCUCUACAGCGGGAUGGCCCUUCGACUUGCUUUCGAUCUUGCCUUGCAUAUUGACCUUUCUCCGUAUGUCGCUCAGGGAUCUGUCACCGCUGCUGACGCUGAGCUACGUGGAACCGUCUUUUGGGCCGCGUAUAUGGUGGAUCAUCUUGUCGGCUUCUACCUUGGUAGACCUUUUUAUACCAACAUGGAGGAUGUAACAGUCAAGAAGCCGAAUAGUAACGUCGACCAUCGAGAACCUUGUAAAUGGACACCCUACGCAUCUCCCAUUCCGUUCGACGACAAUUCGGAAUUAUUUGACUGUGUGGGGGCCGUCAGCCAACAGGAAGUCUCACUAUGUGAGCUUAUGGCACCUUGCGGCUAUUUUCUUUAUGGAACAUCAGGUAUUCCAAGAACUCUGCUCCAACAACUCAAUGAAAACAACGUUGCCAAGCUUCUCAAGUGGAAAGCUCAGUUGCCCUCGUUUUUACAAAUUGACCUCAACGAUCACACUUCUCCUUAUCUUCCGCAUGUGUUGCUCCUUCACAUGCAAUAUUAUCAAAAUCUCAUCUACACCCAUCGACCUUGGAUGUCAAAAGGCUACCUGCAACCACAACCCCCGAAGGGACCAGGCUCCACUCACGCCCGAGAGAUGUGCAUUAAUUCCGCUAUCUCAAUAGCCAAAAUCCUCGUCUUGUACGAGACCAGAUAUACCCUCCGCCGCAUAAACAUUAAAGCAGUCUCAAUUACCUCCUCCGCCGUGCUCCUACUUCUCUUCGCCGCCGUUUCACAAUACCAAACCAAAGAAGAAGAGAAUAUCGUCGCUCAUCUAAGUACCUGCUUCAGAGCCCUCGAUGAGUUCUCACUAUCAUGGCAGAGUGCCAAUCGCGCUAAAGACCUCUUGGUAAGACUACAGCGUAAAUGGGAGGUUCGGACCCGUGCCACACGGCCGGAUCGCGGUCCGGAUGGAGCUGUUUAUCCUCCUAGAAAGCGAUCACGAACACUUAAUGCAUCUGAAUCGACAAUACUGAAGGGCGGGGGGAUUUACAACACACAGCCUGAGGCCCGUGAUUUCCAACUGGAGUCUGGAUUGGGCUGGAUGCUCAUGCUCAGUGGUCAACUUCCGUCAGAUGGCGAUGAGGAUCUAUAUUCCUUUGUUGCAAACGCUAGUAUUCCAAAAUCCGAAUGA